GUCAUGAAUGGGCGGCGGUGAUUGGAUUAGAUAGCCACGCCCACACGCGCGGCACGCUUGCAGACUGAGCGAACGGAGGCAACAGCAGAGAUGAUGGAAGUUUGAUCCUGCAAGCAGUGAACUUGUUUAUAUGUGUGGCAUGAGCGGCGAAACGGAAAGAGAUCAAAGAGAUAUGAAACAUUUUCGGACGACAGCCAAUGGUUGUUUUGGUGAUCUUUUGGAUGCAGAGGAGCAAGGGAUAGAUGACCAGGCUGAGCAGCGCUCUUGUCUUAUCUGCGGAGACCGCGCCACAGGACUGCACUAUGGCAUCAUUUCCUGCGAGGGCUGCAAGGGCUUCUUCAAGCGCAGCAUCUGCAACAAGCGCGUCUACCGCUGCAGCCGCGACAAGAACUGCGAGAUGUCGCGCAAACAACGCAACCGCUGCCAGUACUGCCGGCUGCUCAAGUGCCUGCAGAUGGGAAUGAACCGCAAAGCGAUCAGAGAAGAUGGCAUGCCGGGAGGCAGGAACAAAAGCAUCGGGCCUGUACAGAUUUCCGAUGAGGAGAUCGAACGGAUUAUGUCCGGACAGGAGUUUAAGGAUGAAGCCAACAUGCCGGAACACACUUGGGGAAACAAUGGCGACAGUGACCACAGUUCCCCCGGCAACGGUGUCUCCGAUGGGAAUCAGCCAUCGCCUGUAUCCACACUUUCAUCCAACCGCUCAGUGGAGCUGAAUGGCUACACCGCUGCUUUGAGGGAACAGUACAUUGGCAAUGCAAUGGCCCAGCACUACCAGUUCCUGCCUCACCUGUUUGGAUACGCCGCACAGCCGCGGAGUCUGUACCCCCAGAGCCAUACGCUCAUCAGCCAGCUGGUGGCAGCAGAGGAACUGGCCCCGCUGGGCACGCCCAUGCUCAUUGAGGACGGGUAUCGGGUCACUCAGGUGGAGCUGUUCGCUCUGUUGUGUCGGCUGGCAGAUGAACUUCUCUUCAGACAGAUCUCCUGGAUCAAGAAGCUUCCUUUCUUCUGCGAGCUGUCCAUCGAGGACUACACGCGGCUCCUGAGUGCCACCUGGCAGGAGCUCAUCCUGCUGGCCUGUCUGACGGUCUACAGCGCCCAGGUGCUCGGAGACCUCGCCAGCGUCACCGACAAAUACACCCCGUCAGACGAAGAGCUGCAGAGUUUCAGUGAGGAUGGGAUGGAGGUGAUGGAGAAGCUGAUCUAUCUGUUCCGUAAGUUCCAUCAGCUGAAGGUCAGCAAUGAGGAAUAUGCCUGCAUGAAGGCCAUCAACUUCCUCAACCAAGAUAUCCGUGGUCUGACCAAUGUGACCCAGCUGGAGCAGUUGAACAAACGUUACUGGUACGUCUGUCAGGAUUACACCGAGUACAAGUACCCUCACCAGCCCAAACGCUUCCCCGAGAUCAUGAUGUGUCUGCCAGAGAUCCGCUGCAUUGCAGGGAAGUUGGUCAACAUCCCUUUGGAGCAGCUCCCCCUGCUGUUUAAGGCAGUAUUGCACUCCUGUAAGUCAAGUCUGAGCAGCUACAGGACAGGCUCCUCCCCCUGUGUGACAAAGGGCACCGCCCCUGCCAACUAGCCCCGCCCCCGCCUCCCUCAAAAACACCCUCCCCAUCUAUUGCACGGGGGUGGGGUGUUAUAUUUGGGGGUGGGGCUCCCGGUACCCUCCUCCUCCUCCUCUCAUGAAUGUGAUAAGAAACUAUUUUAUGCAUUUUGUUUAGAUUAGUGUUGUUUUUUCUCUCUAUUUAUUACCAGACAGAGCUGAAUGUAUGUUGAUCCACACUGUGCACAUGCUCCUUUUCAAAUGAAAAUGCACAAAAAGCGCAGUGGAUUUCACACGCUUCAGUCCAACUGUGAUAUGUGACGUGUAACCACUGAUCGGAUUAGAUCUACUGCUUGGUUUUAUUUUAUACUUCGGGUGCUGAUAGGGACAGAUAAAUAUGAAAGCAAUAUGACUUGUUUUAUUGAAAGACUACCUCAGGAAGAAAACCUUUCGCGUACUCUCUCUCUGUUUUGCGACGGUCCGGGCCGCUCGGGAGUUAACGUCAACGCUGUGCCUCGAGUUUGAGGCCGUCUUGUCAUUUCUGCGGUCCUCAAACACACGGUCAGUUGUCAUGUAACCUCUUAACACAAGCUUUUAUCUUCCUGUGCAAGGCCACGAUGGAGAGCGUGAUUGUUUACACAAAAGAGAGGUGUACGCGUAGGUUUCACAAUCAUAGGCUGAGGGCGAAGUGAGGAUUUUACUUGACAACAGAAUAUGUGUUGUUAAUAUUGUUUAUGUUGAUUUCUUUCUUUCUUUUAUUGUUUUGACCAAAGUGUUAUGCAAAUUUGGAGGGAAGUAAGCCCUGCUCGGCUCACCCUUGUUGAAAAUACGAGAGACUUCUGGGGAGAAUAGCGGCGUCCAACAGCAACACUACAAUAAAACAAAACAAAAUGACUUUUUUUACUUAGUAUUUUUGUCUUGUUUUCCAGUACAAAUAUCUAAACAUUCUUAGAUCAAGAUACAUGUACUUCAGAGGCAAAAUGACUGAAAAAUGUACCAAAAUGAAGUGUGUCUAAGCCUAAACGAAAGAAACAAUAUCUGUCAGAAAAAUCUACUUUUUCAACUUUUUCUUUUUGACCUCAUUGGCAGAUUAUUUUCAUAAACUCACUUAAAGGAUUAGUUCACUUCAGAAUUAAAAUUUCCUGAUAAUUUACUCACCUCCAUGUCAUCCAAGAUGUUCAUGUCUUUCUUUCUUCAGUCGAAAAGAAAUGAAGGUUUUUGAGGAAAACAUUCCAGGAUUUUUCUCCAUAUAGUGGACUUCACUGGGGUUCAACGGGUUGAAGGUCCAAAUGUCAGUUUCAGUGCAGCUUUAAAGAGCUCUACAUGAUCCCAGACGAGGAAUAAGAGUCUUAUCUAGAGAAACGAUCUGUACGCUUUGUAGACACUGGAUCGGUACUUCCACCUAUGUCACGCGUGACCUUUCCAACGUGAUUACGUAAUGCGUGGCGCAUCGCAGAACAGUGCAAGAUGAGCAUUUGUGGUUAAAAAGUAUAGAAAUGUUUAUUUUUUUUAGAAAAUGACCGAUCGUUUCUCUAGAUAAGACUCUUAUUCCUCGUCUGGGAUCAUGUAGAGCUCUUUGAAGCUGCACUGAAACUGACAUUUGGACCUUCAACCCGUUGAACCCCAGUGAAGUCCACUAUAUGGAGAAAAAUCCUGGAAUGUUUUCCUCAAAAACCUUCAUUUCUUUUCGACUGAAGAAAGAAAGACAUGAACAUCUUGGAUGAUGACAUGGGGGUGAGUAAAUUAUCAGGACAUUUUAAUUCUGAAGUGAACUAAUCCUUUAAUUUUGAUAUAUAUUUUCAUAGAAACAAGACUUAAUUUGUCGUUUUGCUUGUGUUUUGAUUUAAGAAUGUUUGCACUGGAAAACAAGACAAAAAUACUAAUUAGGAAACUGAUUUUUUUACGGCACACUCCAAACGGUUUGCACUCGGUCCGGCAGUGAAAUGUGGAAAUGUCCCAUUUCGCACUCACUCGGUUCCUUCAUUAAGUCAACUAUUAAUCAGCUGAAAUUUAGCAUUGGAGAGAUUUAGUCACCAUUUUUCCACCAAAUGUUCUCAAAUGAUUAUGAUUAGCAUCAGAUUAGUUCUCAAAUUUAUCCGCCAAAUGUUCUCAAGCUACAAUAAAAGGCAUUUAUUUUGAAUUCAGACGUGGAGAAAAAUGGAUUUCCUCACAGUGUAGUUCAGUCCUGGUCUGCUGCUGCUUCCUUCCCUCACAUUUUAAACAGGGUAAAGUUACUGUUUUUCUAACUCACGCGCAUCUCUCUCAGAUACCGCAGUGCUGAUGUGCCUGACGGUUUAGUAGUUUGUAGUAUUCCGGACAUUGUAGGUCCUUUUAGAAGUUUUAUUUUUCUUUUUAUGAGUUCGGGAAGGGGGGAGUGUUGUUUUGAAGGGUAUUUUGUUUCGGUUUUGAGUAUCAGAUGCAAUGAGUUUUACUGUAAACACGAUUCAAGGGAAAAAAAAAAACAUGACUGAGAUGCUAGCUAGUCCGCCUAUGACAUGCCUUUUUAUCAUACCGAGGCUUUUAUCAGUGGAUGCGCUCGCCGUAGCUCUCAUCAUUUCAGACAUUCCAAACACGUUCGAUAUGCGUCGAGUAAUGUUUACAUAUUUGCACCAGACAAUGACAAAGGGGCCCAAACCAAAGACGCACAUUCAGCCUGGUAACGGCCCGUCUCAAGUGCAGCUAAACCUGCGUGGUGAUGUUCGCCGGACGCUACCGCUCUGUCUGUAUGCCGCUUUGCGUGUCCUUAAUCCUAAACGUUUCAUUCGUCGUGUCAUCCAUCCAUCCCACAUUGUGUCCCUUCAUGUCGUAGAUAUUGUGAAUGUUUUGCUUUAGAGUGUGAGCUAGCUAAAUGUCAGACUAAACUCCUGAUACGGGUGAAGUGUUUGUUAUAGGUAAAAACUCCAAAACACGCAGACAUAGACCGCGAUACUACGCAUUUGCAAGCCAUCGGCCACGUCAGAAUAGAGAGGAUAUGAAUCUCGUAUUUCAGCUCUAACAGAGUUGUACCUUCAGUGUUUUGAUCGGCCAGUAAAAACUCAGGAAUAUCUCUUUUCUAAUGGUUUUGUUUGUCUGGCAUUUGAAUCUCAUAGCAGACCUUUAAAAGAGCCACACUCCCCAUUUAGGUCUUAUUGUUUUCUUUCGUAUUUUACAAAGCGUCCUCGUUUGUUUCUUUUUAUACAUUUUUCAUUUGAAACUACCUCUUUUGUGUGUCAUCAUGUAGCGUGCUUUCAUUCAGGCGAAGUAUUAAUCGUUAUUUAUUGGUUUCAAAGCACCAGUUUCUUUGUCCGUCUCAUAUGCCAUUCUGGAAACUUCAGAGAUUGAGAUAAGAGCGUAGUUUCCACCUGUUCAUCGCCUCGAAAUAAUCGUUCAUUUCUGUAGUAAAUUGUGUGAUAAUGGCCUGAUUAUAUACAUCAGAUGCUGCUUCACUCUUCAAUGAAGACUGUUUCUCAGUGCAAUUAUAACAUGUGAAAUGAACAGUAUUAUAUUCCUAGUUGUAAACACUGUUUGUGAAUUGUUUUCAUGAAGAAUGUAUUUUCCUUUUUUUUUUUUUUUUUUGUCUGUAUGAUAUUAUUAUUAGUUCUCAACUGUUUACAAGUUUGUUGUCAGUCCAUCGUAAUCAUGUUGAUGCUUUGACACUUUUCAGCCAAUCAGAUUUCUUUCACUUGAUUGUUACGGGUAUCCUGAUUGGUUCUUGAAAGACUAUCAAAGUGCUGUCAUAGCCAGAGAGCUUAUUUCAAUCUUCCAACAGUUCUCUUUGGAAUUAUUCUCGAUCCGGUGGGAAUCUUAAUAGAAGAAACACUGGUGAAUGUUGGGGCUUGAGCAAACCAUACGGAGCCAGACGAGAGGUUUCUAUGAGGACAUGGGUGAUUAUCUCAGGGAACAGAUGCGCUCCUGAAAACACCAAAUCGACACUCGCACAUGCUAACUGAAGUUUGCGUUUGUCCGUGUGUUUUUGGGAGUGAUGUCUGAGGUGCUUUUCCUAACCCAUGUCACAAACCUCUUCUUCUGCUCCUUUGACUUUUACUACCUGUGAAGAAUGUGACCCAUAUGUGUUAUAAAAGCAUGUUUAGAAUGUUUUAGGACUUGAAACCAAAUAAAUGUGAAUCUUAUGCAACUGUGAAA